AUGGUGAAGCUGUUCUGUCUGGUGGUUGGAGAUGAAAGAGUGUUCCCUGUCGACAUCGGCCUGGACAUUACGGUGGGCUAUUUGAUGACGUCGAUAAAGGCAGCUCUAUCGUGCACGAUCAAGGCCAAAGUAGACAAAUUGCAGCUUUUUCUGGCGAAGCAUGACGGCACAUGGCUUGAGGAGGCUGAUGCACGAAAUGUGACGCAAGGCCAUUUACAAAGUUUCGAGUGGAUGAAUCCCGCUCUGUUGGUUAACGACGCCAAAUACUUUGGAGGGGGCUUCAAACCGAAGGAAGGCGACGUGCACGUACUUGUGAAGCUGCCAGACCGGGGAAUAAUUCCUUAUAAGAAGCUCAAAAUCACCCACAAAGACGUGCUUUAUCCUGGACCAGUGCCAAGCGAGUCCUUCUCGGUUCCUGUGGAUACAAUCGAGGUGUUUACGAGGCUAGAGGCGCGGUUUUCUUCUUGUGGUCCAAUUAGUCCGCUGUAUUACCUCUUCGGGCCUCGCCAAUUUGGUAAGACAACGAUAGGACAUCGACUGCGGGAUUCGCUUGCUGCUGAUCCACUCAUCUCCGUCAUAUUCCACACUUUAACCCCAAGCGAUGUCGAAACGGAGGAGGCCUUUUGGCUUGCACUUGGCCGACAUUGUGGUGAACGAACACGAACAGCACGGGAUUUUGAGUGGAUGUUCAUACGCCGUAAAUGCCGCCUGUGGCUGGCGAUUGACGACAUGGAUGUUAUGUUUUCCAACGAGCAGUUGACUAGCAAUUUCUUGGACAGACUUCGCUCUUGGGAAUCUCUUCCUGCGUUUCUUGGGUUUCUUGCAAUUGGAAGCUACGAUCUCGUGAAUUUGCCCAUGAAGUACAAACAGCCAGCCCCUUUCAAUAUUGGCGAGCUGAUUCAGGCAAAGUGCUUCUCUGUUCGACAAAUGAGCGACUUUUUCAUGCUUAUCCAGCCAAUGUAUUGCUUCAAAGAGGCAACCCGCGAAGCCAUUAUGGAAUAUUCCUCCGGUGCUCCCGGUGUGUUCGGGUCUUUAGUCAAGUUUUCGGUCGAUCGUGGCAAGUGUAGCCAAGAACGGCAUGGAUGGGAGGAUUGGUUCAAGAUCCAGAACUUCGCUUGCUAUCUCAACGAAUACAAUCCAAGCUAUGUUAAGAUACAGGAAAGUGUAAGAAAGUUGAGUGAGCCAGACUGGAGGGUUCUCACUUUGCUACUUAGGGGCGAGGUGGGUGGCUUUGGCUCAGAAUGGAAUCACGCAACUACAACUCUGCAGCUAUUGGGUGUUGUGACAAUUGGGGCUUCUGGUGACUUGGAGUUCUCGUCCGAGAUGAUGCGACGUCUGUGCCUAGAAGCUCUACCCAUCCGUGACAUUGAACCAGUGGCAAGUGCUCGUGAUCCACUCGAGCUGCUGGCUGCGGCACUUCGACUCAUGGACCCGAAAGCAAUGGGGCAUUCGUUUGGAAAAGAUCCGAUAUUUCCGACUGAGUCCGUUCUUCAGUUUCAAAUGUACACAUCGAUUCGAGGGAUUGCGAAGGCGAAUAACACCUCAUGCACGAGUAUUCUAGCAGAGACGCAUGGUGUCAGGGGUAAACAGAAGCGAAGCAUCAUCACUAUCAGUAAUUUCGAGAAUGGAGUUAAAGUUGGUUUCGAGAUCAAGGCAACACAACCGACGGAAGAGGCUCUCCUUACAGCAGUGGGAGAUGCGGAUCGAUCCAGACACCUACUAGGGAUUCAGGCGAUGUUCUUGGUCAAUUUCGCUCCUCGAACGAGCUUGCUGGAAGAAGGAGUGCAUCAAGUGUGUGAAUUUCCUGUCAAGGUGGUUCAUGUUUUCGUCUCGGAAGCUUAUGACGAAUUCACAGUCCACCUGCAAGGAGGUGGUGUGGAGAGACGCACUGUCUGCUGUGCUCAAACCGAAUAA